AUGUCCCGCGCCGCCUUCGUCGCCGGUGCCGCCCUGCUGCUGGGCGCCAGCUGCUUUGUGCUGCCGGGCAGCACGCCGCGCGGCGCCCCGGAGGCCCAGGUCUCCACUGGCCGAGCGGCCGGUGCCGCGGCGCCGGAGGCCGAGUCCACAACCGCAGCCUUCAGCCCGCUUGCCCUGGGUGCUGCCUUGGGCCUGCUGGCCGCGGUGGUGGGCGGCCGCCCGGCUCUGGCCGCGGACCUCGAGAACGGCGAGGCCAUCUUCAACGGCAACUGCACCGCCUGCCACGCCAACGGCAACAACAGCAUCGUGGCAGAGAAGAAGCUGAAGAAGGAGGCUUUGGUGCAGUACGGCAAGUACGACGUGCAGGCCAUCAUGAGCCAGGUGACCAACGGCAAUGGCGCCAUGCCGGCCUUCGGUGACAAGCUCGGCCCGGAUGACAUCGAGGAUGUGGCCAACUACGUCUACAGCAAGGACACCGGCAUGCCUCGUCGGCCUCUGCCAGGCCAAGUGAUGGGAAAGAUUGAAAGCCACAGUCAUUGCUCAGCAUCCUUCCGCAUCCUUCUAGGAUUCCCUGAAUCGCAUGUUGGACAUCCAUGCAUGGUUGUACUGUACCAAGUUUGGCCGAUGCGUUUGGACCUGUCUGUGGCAUGCGAGGUUUUACAGACCAAGCCUCGCGACCUUGCCUCACCUCAUCCGCCUGUGAAGAUGUCCCGGGCCAUCUUCGUCGCCGGUGCCGCCCUGCUGCUGGGCGCCAGCUGCUUUGUGCUGCCGGGCAGCACGCCGCGCGGCGCCCCGGAGGCCCAGGUCUCCACUGGCCGAGCGGCCGGUGCCGCGGCGCCGGAGGCCGAGUCCGCAACCGCAGCCUUCAGCCCGCUUGCCCUGGGUGCUGCCUUGGGCCUGCUGGCCGCGGUGGUGGGCGGCCGCCCGGCUCUGGCCGCGGACCUCGAGAACGGCGAGGCCAUCUUCAACGGCAACUGCACCGCCUGCCACGCCAACGGCAACAACAGCAUCGUGGCAGAGAAGAAGCUGAAGAAGGAGGCUUUGGUGCAGUACGGCAAGUACGACGUGCAGGCCAUCAUGAGCCAGGUGACCAACGGCAAUGGCGCCAUGCCGGCCUUCGGUGACAAGCUCGGCCCGGAUGACAUCGAGGAUGUGGCCAACUACGUCUACAGCAAGGCCGACAAGUGGUGA